GGGCUGGAUGACGGAUGAAACACACACACCGGCACAUAUAUGUCAGUCCACACCGCUGACGUCUCCCCCUAACUGAAUGAGAACCAAAGCACAUGAAAUUGGUGCUAAAAUGUGGGCGAGCAUUGAGUUGACCUUGCGCUCGUGUUGUAUGACAUCAUUUCAGCCCCUCACAGGCAGAUGAUGGUGAAUAUAAAAGGAGAGGGCAGACUGUGACAGUCAAGUGUGUGUGUGUGUGCAUAUUGUACUGAACCUGUAAACACAGCACCAUCCUGAACCCGCUCCCAGGGGAGUCUGGGGUUCUCUGGGUGGGCUCGGCGAGGAAAUCAGCUGGGAUAUCAUUAAUUCAAGUGUAAUGAAUCCUUUGAGUGUUUGUGUAUAAAAGGGCGUUUGCAUUGUAAAUACAUGGUGGGUUGUGUAUACUUUAUGACUGGUCAUUUGUGUGUGUUUGCGCGCGUGUGGCUACUGAGGUCGGGAAUUACCUUUGAAAGUAAUUGGGACAGCAGCGAAGUGUGACACCCCACUGAUCUGAGAGGACGUAUGGGGCUGUAAAUUUCUCCACAUGAGCAGUUUGAUAUUUGUUUCCAAGCACAAAGAAAUACACACACAAACACAACGAAUGGAAACCAGUCUGCAACAAUGCCAGGUGAAGGUUGUGUGAGUCUGCCGUGAGAAACAAUUCAUUCAAGACUGAGUCAGCUUAAUUAAAACAGCAGUUUUUCUCAUUUACUGCGACACACCUGAGGAAAUAAAGGCAUUAAUUUAAAAGCUUUACAAUUAGAGCAUUACUAACACAACACCAUCCUUAAAUUUAUGAAUUAAACCCCUCUACUAAUACUACAUGAUGGGGUAGACUGAUUAUUGGCCUUGACCGAUACUCAUGGGCGAUAUCUGGUGUUGAAUGAGUAUCUGUAUCGGCUUUUUAUUGUAAAAAAGCCCAACAAAAUUAAUUCAUUAAAAUAUGUGCUACUUCGGCCCUGCAAAAGGACCGUCUUUUCCUCUGGGUCUGUGUUACUCUUUAUUUUGGGAUUUCUCAUCUUCACUAUCAACAAGAAACGGUUCCAAAUAUCGCUUAUUGGUCUCAUGAACUACCAAUCAUCCAUACUGGUAUAAGCCCAGAUAAACCUAUUUCAGUAGAAUCUUACCAUAUGAUAUGUACUUGUUAAACUGGAGUUUAUGUGUUUUAUUCCUUUGAUGAAAUGAAUAGCUUAUUCUUUGGAGUAGUGGUCGACUGCUUGUAGUUUUUCAACAGCUAAUGCUGAUACUGAUAAUGACAGAGCAGGUCAGCAGGUGGCCGAUAUCUAAUGCAGAUACCACAUAUGACAAAGUUGCCUUACAUAAUAUUAACACAAUUGUGGAUGAAAACAUACAAUGAAAUAGUCCACGGACAAAAAAAAAUAAUAAUAAUAAUCCAAGGUAACUAUUUUGAUUUAAAAAUUUAAAAGUCAUGUAAAAAUCCCUUAUUUUGUGAGCAUUAAAAAACUUAUGGUUUCCUUAGCCAGAAACAUGUUUUUAAAAGAUGUUUAAUAAAGUAAGAAAACAUAAAGUGACACUGACUUUGUAAAGGCCGAAGCUGAUAUGAAGCUGACUACUGAAAAAUGCCAUAAAUCUGCCAUGCAAUUCAUCAGUCUCUCUCUACUUUGGACAAUAAACAUUUCACAGAAAUACCAUUGUAGGAUAUAGUCAUAUAUCCUUAACAUUAAAAAAGUAGAUUCAAGAGCCUCUCUGUGGGGAUUUGCCUCAUUAAAACCAAUAAAAAUCUAGAAACCCAUUUAGUUGAACGAUAAAACCUGGCAACAGGCUGAUCUUCCAGUUUACCCGGCAUUUUGAUUCGAACCUUCCUCCCUUGACCAUGUCACCCCUCAAAUCUCAUCCAGUUUCCUUCUCUAUCCACCACUCUUUCCUCUAAAUAGACAUAAAAGCCAAAGAAUAAACUGAAAAUUCUGAAGCAGUCAGGUGAUACUGAAGGUGAAAAAUCACUGUUCUUCCUCCCAGGCCUCAUUUAAAGUUGUAUCACUUAUUAAUGGAGUGAUACCAUUACUGACUUUAGUAAAGAUCCUCCUCUGACACAGCCACACCAGACAAUCAGCUUUUCCAUUCAAACCGUCUCACUUCAAAUGUUUUUAGAGGGGUUUUACCUUUCUGCUUGAACAAACUGCAGGGAAUUGAUUUAUACAAUUCUUUAUAAAGAUAGUUCAUAGGAUGCCUCUUUAUUUUAGAAUAAUAAAAACUGUAUACAGAGUGCUAUAUAUCUGAUAGUGAUGUAUGCUUUACUGUGCAGUGAAUGACAGGUGAAAUGUACUGUUAACAGAUUUUAACACAAGGUCAAAUAACUCACUUACUUCAUACAAGUUUAUUUAAUCAGUCGUUUUAAUCAAAUUCAACAACCUGUGCUGUGUGCCACUAUCCUUCUGACAUGACUUACUAUAUCAAAAUUCAUGUUCAUUUAACAAAGGCAAACCAAAAAGGAUUAAAAAGGUGAUAUAUUUCAACAUAAAGAGAAUCACAGUUCAAACAACCAACUGUACAAGUUUACUUCCAAGGAAAAUUGCAGCUCUAUUAGGUCCAAUACCACUGCAUUACAAAGUCACAAAAGCAAAAACUUUGAUCUAAAUGCCCAAAGUAUUAUUUUAUAGCUUAAAUGGUACCGUUUAGGGUUGACUGUGUUUGAUACUUUGAGAUGUGGGUGAACCCUGAGAUAACAAAAAGUGUGAGACUACAUUGACACUCUACAGCAAACUCAGGAUUUAACACGAGUAAAUCAGAAAUGGUAAAUUCUGUUAAAGAACGGAUAAAAGAGGAAUAAAAGAUUAAACUGCAUCAUCAGGUAUGACAAUGACUUUAACUUACGAUUAAAUAAAAUAAUUUAAUUCAGUAAAAUCAAGUUUCUGUCAAAUGAGUUCUGGUUGAUCCCGCGGUUUCGAUGUGGAACAGCCAGACCCGACCUCUUCAUUUAAGACGUGUUUAUGUGAGAGCAGAUACUCCUGGCUGUGUUUUACAAAGAGCCCGUUCACUCAUGAAGAGCUUUACAGAGUCUUGAUCAACAACCACGACCAUAUAUGGAGCAGAAGACUGUGAUGGUGGAGCACCUCUGUGUGUUCAAAUGCAGCAUUGCAAAUGAGGUGUGAUAUAAAUAGUGUCUGAGUGUGAAGAACUGCUGCAGGUGCAGUUGCAUGUUUAAGAUUACAGCGCAGAAGUGCAAUUACAAAGAAAAUUCAGAAAUAUACAAGAAAGGCAUAAAGGGAGAUUAAUAACAUUGGUAAUUCAUGGGGAAUGUGAUCUGAUAUGUAUUAAACUGAGGUCACUUUUAACCGUUGGAAAGUUUGGCAAAGUCUCAAAAUUAUUCCUAUACCUAUUAAAGAUGCAAAAUAUUUGUUACGUUAGAAACAUACUUACUCCCUUGGGUCAGCUUUGCAUUAAGAGCUGCUGGCUUGCUGCACGUUUGACAGAGUUUUUUUCUCAUCCUCUUAUCUCGUUUUAUAAUCAAUGAAUUGAACAGAUACAUGUUUUAAAUGUUGGAUUCUCCCUAAAAAGCAACAUUUGAACUUAACAUGAUAAUAUAUUGAUCAAAUUAAAUGUGAGGCCUUGCUUGAUUUUUUCCUCAAAUCUUAUUCACCAAGUUUGCAAGGACUGCACAAGUCUAGUGCGAUUGGCAGAGUGGUAUAACUGUUUAAAAAUGAGACUUUAUACAGGUGCCGAAUUCCCCAAACUGAGUGGGAGGCUCUAACAUUAAGGUCAAUGAAUAAAAGAGAAGAAAUUCAAGAUAGAAGAAGAAGAGGAGGUGUCAAUGUGUGUUCCAAGGUUCCCAAGACCCCAUGUCCAGUGCACCGUGCAAGAUCAGACCAUGUUGGUUUGGGUGUUAGGACUGCGACUCUGCAGGUCCUGUACCUGGUCAAGAACCCAGUGGAUGUUUGGUCUCUCCUGAGGAUUCGACACCAUUAUGGAGCUCAGCAGCAUCUGCAAGCCCUCGGAGUAACUGGGUGUGAGAGAAACAGACACUAAGUCAGAACAAGUGUGGUUUGUUGACUCUGUGAGUAAAAUGAGAAAUGCCUCAUAACAUUUACUACAAAGUUAAGGACUUAUCCUUUCCCUAUCCACAAUCAAAAUGACACAUUCUGUUGUUUUCAUCCACAGGACACUUUCUUCAAGUUACGCCGUGGCUUAUAUUACAGUCUGAAAACUGACCUGCAUGACCGUGGGAUGGCCACUGGAUUCUGAACAGCCAGGGCAACACUGUCCCCUUUCUGGAACACCAUAUCAUAUGGCCCCUCCAACAUCAUCAUGCAGUAAAGCACACAGCCAAGUGACUAUGGGGAGACAUCAAGUUAGAGGAGAAAAGGUAGCAAAGAUAUAGUCACUCAAACACAGCGUGAGUAACAUACAUCAGUAGAGAAAGAUGAAAAAACAAAACAAGGCUUUACCCAAAUAUCUGUGCGCUCAUCUAUUAUGCAGUGACUCUCCACAUUGAAGAGUUCAGGAGCUCUGUAGGAGAUGGUGCACCUCUGGCCUGCCCAGUCUUGUAUAGUCAUGGCUUCUCUGGUUCCUCUAACCUGAAAUAAACAAACUGUUAGUAAAAGUUCAUUGAAAAUAUUUUCAAAAAUUCCAACAGCACCAUGUGGAAGAUCAUUAUAAGGAUCAAAGGUUCCAUAAUUGGUUAAAAUUAUUUCCCAAAUGUGAGAAAUGUCCUCCUCGAGAUUGGCAUUAGUCAAUAAAAUCACUUAGGCAUCUCUUUACUAGAAGCUUAAAUUCAAAUUGAUGACAAAUCAAUAGAAUUAUAAGCUGUGUUUUGACAAAAUUACAAAGAUUAAAUAUCCUGUGUUCAUCAAAAACUUAUCUGUUUGACCAACAGUACCAUUGCACAGUCAAAUAUUCUCAUUUAUUAAAAUCUUUCAGGACUCUAAACAGACCAGUACCUCAAUCCUGGCACGGUUCAUAGAGCCAAGGUCCAUCAGAACUGGCCUGUCAUCUUCAUCUAGAAGCACAUUUGUGGGCUUUAGGUCCCUGUCAUAUUAAAGUAGAAAUAUAAAGUGCAGAGGUGAGUAGGUGAGUAAGAGCUGAACAGGAAUAUACAAAAGUUGCUACAUAGAAAUGACAACAAAGAAUUGCAACUGGUAUAAAAGCAGUACGCUCAUGAAUAGACUGGUAACAUUACUUAUGUAAGAAAGAUCCUACAAUCAGUAGGUCGUCCUGUGUAAAUGUUUGUUUUGAGUAUGUGUGCAUGUGUAUAAGGGGAUAUGUUACCUGUGCGCGUAUCCUUUUUCAUGAAUGGCCUUGAGUCCAGAGCAGAUGCCACGGAAGAUUUGCAAAAUCUGUUUUUCAGGCAUCCAGGCCCCCUUAUCCCUUAACUUCUCCAAAACGGACCAUAGACUCCCUUUCUGUUGACAUUCACACAUCAACAAGGUUAAUUCAAAAUGUAGGAGAAUAUCCUGGGAAAACUGGCUGCUGAAUCAACUUACUCUAAUAUAAGGCAGAAGUAGCCAGGCUUCACUCUUGCCUCCACGAUCAACAAAGGUAUGAGCAACCAGGCUCAAGAUGUUGGGGUGAUUAAACAUCUGAUGCAUCUCCACCUCUGUCUGCGCUUCUUGACGGCCUUCUCGGUCAUGGCACAGGAUCCUCUUCAGGGCAUAAAAGCGCCCAUCUUUUGCACCCUCUACCAGAUCAACAUAACUGAACCCACUGAAAAACACAAGCAUAUAUUAGAGUUCUGCGAGGGUCCAUAGGGUAACACUACAAAACAAGAUUAACAGUUAAAACCAAAAAGGACCCAGGUUAAAGGGAUAUUCUGGCAUAAAAUUAAGUUACUGUAACACCGUAUUAGACAGCUGCCUGAGAGAUGAAUAUUGCCGACCACUUGCUUAUCUAGUUACACCAACUUUAGUAACAACUAUAAGACAGCAAUACAGAGAGCCACGCGCUCAACCAAAACGCCACUCUAUAGUCACAAAUAAUGCUCAGAACAGCACCUAACUUCAUCAACAGUACAUAUAGGGUCCCAGCCACAGCACUAGACACCAAACAUCUUUUUAGCUUUGCCUAAUUUCUUUAGCACAGUGAUUAAACACAACUCACCUACUCUCUUCCAGCAGCCGCUUGUUUGUAGCAAGACCUUGGGCCAGUCCAUUAUGGACUACAGCUGGGUGAUGCGGCUCCAGGAAGAACAUUUAUGAUCAUCUCUUCACGGAAAUGCAAUCAGACCGAGACGCCAAGGCAGAAGAACUAGUAAUGAUCAUAAAUGUUCUUCCUUAGUAGUUCAUAGGGUAGGUGAGUUGUGUUUAGUCUCUUUGCUAAAGAAAUCAGGCAAAGCUAAAAAGAUGUUUGGUGGCUAGUGCUGUGGCUGGGAUCAUAUAUGUACUGUUGAUGAAGUUAGGUGCUGUUCUGAGCAUUAUUUGUGGCUAUAGAGUGGUGCUUUGGUUGAGGUUUGUUUAUGCCUCCUCAGACUGCUGUGUAUUGCUAUCGUGCGGUCGUUACUAAAGUUUGUAUAACUAGAGAAUCAAGCAGUCAGCAACAUUCAUCUCUGGAGGGGGUGUCUAACUCUGUGUUACAGUGUGUUUUACACUAAAUUAAUUUUACACCGUCAUAUCCCUUUAAGUUGUACUUGUUUUCUACGUGUAAGCAGGGCAGUACUUUACAUUUCAGAUGGAGUGAGACAAACAUAAUGUGGAAAAACACUAACAUUAGGGUUAACUUACCCUUCGUCUAACUUCUGGACAAAGUAAUAUCUCAUGUUGUCGAUGGUGAUGGAGCCGCGGGAGCAAAUGCACAGAGUCUGUCCCAUCCUGGCUGGAACAUUGUUUGACACCAAGCUUUAAAGGCCUGUGUGAAAAGGAAAAAAUAAAGGAUAUUGUGUGUUUUUAAAGAGUCUUCAAAGCAAUCGUUAGCCUAGUAUUUCAUUGGUCUAACGUGGAGAAGAUCUGAUGAGGUAAUAAACAAACCCCAGACAAACAAUUACAGCAGAUCACCGACGUCAACUUCCUGAAAUACAGCCCAAAAUACGUCUCUGACGUGGAUUUCCUACUUCAACCCUCAAGUGUGUGUCACAUUAUGUCAUACAUAACAGUAAACAGCAAAAAAUAGAACUCAGAAGUAACCCUAGGCGCCUUAAAGUUUCAAAUCUUACCUGUUUCGGUUGUGUUUAUCAAGUUAGCUUCCAGUCAUGUUAGCUUUUUUCCUGCUGCCUCUUUUUCGUGAUCCGUAAUGGCGGUCGGUUUUCAGUGUUGAUUGCGCAUUACUGCCACCCUCUGGCCUAGUAAUGAUGCCUUCCCCAUUAUGAUAUGAAACAUACGGUUUAAUAUCAAAUCAAACCUUCUUGAGGCCCAAUUUUAGCUUUAAAUGUGAAACGCUUAGUUUGCUACUCAAUAGUUCUUUUUGAUCUUCUUCUAGUUCUCCUUCUCCUUCUCCUCCUCCCCCUCCUUUUUCCUUCUUCUUCUCUCUUUUCUAGUCCUAACGAAGCGUUGUUCGGACACAGCGCUAGAAGACACCUAGCGGCCUGAUAAGUAGUUGCAAGUUUUGAGAAGCGUAAUGAUGGCGGAUAAGAAGCAUCACAGAAGAUAUUUCACCGAAGACGGAGGUGAUAUUUGUGCUUUUUUGACAUUUAAAUAAUGUUUCAGAUAUAUGUGCAGAAGUUAGCUUCAGGUUGAAGUGUAGCCUUGCUGUUAAGAAUGGUCUCAACUGCCGUAUGGUGUUCAUUAACAGGGGGCGUUUUCGAAACCCCCUUCAAGCUAACAGUGUUAGCUUACAUGUGCUUUAAUGUGUGUAUAAAGUAAAUUUAACAAUAAACUCAGACUCUUUCUAUAGUACUCAAAAGUUAAUGUGAUCUCUGAACUGAAGGUAGGCUAGUGUAUGUCCCUAAAUUGACUUUAGCUACUUUAGGUAAUUUGAUGGCUAGAGUCGUAACAUUAGCCCCACAGGUAAUGCUGGCAGGUAUUUAUUUCUCUCUAGUUCCCACCAAACUGUUGUUCACCGUGUUGAGUUGUCUUGCCUCAAGCAGGGCCGCAAGAGGAGGAAGGCAGAGUGAAAACUAAGCCUGUCUCUUGUAGUACUGCGGGAGGAGAGGGGACCGCAGUCAAACGUACAUCCCAGCAUCUCACAUCUGAAGACGAGGACGAGUCCUCAGCAGACCCUCCAGCCCCCAGCAAAAUCUCCAAGAUAGGCUUUAGCAUGGGCAGUCAGACGGGAAAGAACCCCAUUUCUAUCAAACUUGGAGCAACAGUAAGUUUGGAGUUGAUUUGACAUAGGGGAGAGUGAGGUAAGAUGAGCCAUUUUUCAUAUUUCGGAUCACUUCAUCAAGACAAUCAUACUUUUGUCUCUAACUAGUGUAUCUGCAUAUAUUUCAGGAUGUUGUGCAUCCCUGCAAACCAACAGAAUGAGUGUAAACAUAACUGUCUUGAUAAUAUAGCAUGCCAAAAAAAGUGGUCUCCUAUGGUCAACUUACCCCGUGCAUGGGGUAAGUUAACCAUAGGAGCGGGGUUAGUAGAGCCGUAUCCCAAAUACCCCGACCCCAGCCCUCCUUCACCUUCUCUCCCUAAAUAACAGUCACAACAACAGGGGGUAGCUCAACUUACCCUUUGGCUCAGCUUACCUCACUCUCCCCUAUUGUUAUGACUUGUGACUAACAGUGAAAACUACAGCUAAAUAUUAGAUGUCCAAGUGUGUGAUUCACGUUAACACCUGUAACUCUUCAAAAUACUGCCAGAAAGUUCAGGGACUUUACAAGUGAAUGGUUCUAACUAUUCAUUAUUUUCUGUAGACACAAAUUAAAAAAUGUAAAGGUGCUCAGUUGUUUAAUCUUUAAUCCUCUCCAUAUCUUCUGCUACCAUCCGGCACUAGAAACCUAAAGAGCCUGUCCCAGUGCUUCCACAAAAAAAGGCAGGACUGGCCUCAGUUUUCAAUGAGGAUGAUGAUGUAAGUGCACAUGACAGCUGUGAUUAAAAAGUUUACCAAACCCAUGACCAGCAAAUUUACAGAAGCUGAGUUUACCUUGUCUCUUGUCUCACAGAGUGAACCUGAAGAGAUGCCUCCUGAGGCAAAGAUGAGGAUGAAGAACAUUGGGAGGUACACACACAAUACGCAUUCAUUGUUUUCCAAAAAGUCAGCUAUUAAACAAAAGAUUUCCUGCCAAUUAUACAAUCUACCAUGUCAACGUCUGUAUGUAAGUUAAUUCAUCUUUUGUUUUUCAGGGAGACUCCAACAUCUGCAGGACCAAAUUCUUUCAACAAGGGCAAGCAGGGCUUCUCUGAUCAUCAAAAACUCUGGGAGAGGAAAUUGAAGGCCCAGGCUGACAAAUUAUAGAUUUAAAACAGUCGUUUUCACUAAUGGAAGGUUUUUUUUCCAUAGAGUUCAAACUUCGUAAGAGAUAUCUCUGAAGGCUGAAUUAUUUUUCACUGUAGCUUUGGUGCUGAAGAUGCAAUGCAAAUUACUUUAGGCCUUCAGUGAUACUCGGUGGUUGAACUGAAGUUAAUGUUCCUAACCACUACAGGCUGAUGAAGACUAAGGAGCAGUCAGGAGCUGGGACAAACAAGAACUAAUAAGGAUAGUCAGAAUAUUGUUAAAGCUGUUCAAUUCGCUACAGUUGCCUCAAACUGGCUUAAGGGGAAAUCUAACAUCUCAGAAGCUUCAUCUCCUUUUUUUAGACAUGCUUGUCAGAAGCUAGGUGCGGGCCAGAGCAAGCUGUCUUUGUCGAUCGUAUGUUAUUAGUGUAAAAAUGUACAAAGUGUCUGAUUUUUAAAGCAAGAAAUGGGGAGUGGUUGAGUGUAAUGACACUGAGCGCUUGUGUGUGUAUGUGUAUGUGGCAUAGAUGAUGCAGCUUUUUUUUUUCAAACUGUUUCUCCACAUCAGUGUACAAUCUUUUUUUUCACCUGCUUUGCCCCAUCAUAGGCAGACUCAUCCGACUUUUUAAUGUCUUUUAUUAUUUGUUUAAGUAUCUCUGGUUUUCUAUACUCAAAACCAUAUUUGUCAGCAUAUCUGGCAAACCAUCAGGUCGUUUUAUUUUAUUAACAGUGGAAGGACGCAUUAUCUAUCUAGAUAUUAAAUACUAUUAUCAAAUAUUAAAAGACCACAGCCGUGACAGUGAUUCAUCUUGGUAAAAGUCCGAUGAAAUGGUUUCUCGUUGGAAUCUUUUGCUUUUAUUUUUCCAUUAAAACGUCCCGAUCAUUUAGGUUCAGCUAAUGUGCUACCAUGGUGGUUGUUUGGGUAAUUUGCCUGGAUGAAAAAAAACUGAAUCUUUAAAAUUUGUCUGUUAGUAACCCAGCUGUUGUGUUGACUCCUUGAAAUAAGUUACACUCAUAUCCACUUCUUCAAGCUGUUAAAUCAAACAGAUCUCUUACACAAAUAAAAAAAACAGUCAGAAAUAAACAAAUAGAUGAUA